CCGCGCCCGCGGCGGCUGCGCGUCUGCGUGCGAGCUGCCUUUGCCGACACACGGCUCUCUACUCGUCUCCACACACAGCUUCCAAGCUACCGGGACUACUAGAUCUAGAGGCGAGGAUUGUUAGAGUAGUUGUAUCUGGAGCACCAGCUGCAGAGAACAGGCUACUCUACCGGGUUUUUGUGGCAGCGGACACGAGUUUGGGCUAUCAUGAGACCACUCACCGACGACGAGACAAGGGUGCUGUUUGAAAAGCUGGCCAACUACAUCGACAAGAACAUCGAGCAGCUCAUCAACCGCCCGGACGAGAAGUGCUGCUUUCGAUUGCACAAAGACCGAGUCUACUACGUCAGCGAGCGACUAAUGCGGCAAGCAACUAGCGUCAGCCGUGACACACUGCUGUCGCUGGGCACGUGCUUCGGAAAGUUCACCAAGUCGGGAAAGUUUCGCCUGCACAUCACGGCUCUCGACUAUAUCUCGCAGUAUGCCAAGUACAAAGUGUGGGUAAAACCGAGCGCCGAGAUGUCCUUCUUGUACGGCAACCACGUGCAGAAGUCCGGGUUGGGCCGAAUAACAGAAAACACCCCCAAGUACGGGGGCGCCGUGGUGUACAGCAUGAGCGACGUCCCUUUGGGUUUCGGCGUGGCGGCCCAGCCGACCGAGUUCUGCAAGGACCUCGACCCCACCGCCGUCGUCGUGCUACACCAAGCGGAUGUAGGAGAGUACUUGCGAGUGGAGGACGAUCUCCUAUAGACGAUGUACAGCAGUCGGGGGCCGGCCGGUUGAACAGUGCCAACCAAUACCCUGUACAACAGUAGUGCCGGUAAAAAAAAAACUGCACAAUCAACCCGCAGUUUUGCCGGUACCGGCACUUGUCCGGGAUGCUGGGGAUAAGUGCAGGUUCGGGCUCGGCAUGAGUCUCUUUUGUCUCCGUCACGACCACACGUACCUCUGAACACACAUCAGUUCCGAGAGGGUUUGAACGAGGGAGUGAACUGGGAGGAGCUGGGGGAGGCCGAGGGUGGUGAGGGCACGAGGCCAGGGGGGCAUGCUUCCCUUUCCUACGCUGAACUUUCGCCGCAUUUUGGUGUCCUAAAGAAGGCAGCGGCGGAAAGGGGCAAUGGACAGGCCGGACUCUCCCUGGAAAAAGCCAGGAUGGCAAUCGAUUAUCGUAGCGCAUCCCGCGAAGCCAGUGCGACAGGCAGAUUGGAAGGCAAUUGUUGAUGAGGGGUGCAUGGAAACCGUGUAGUACUGAUGGAUUCCCCAGUGCUGACGUACUGCAGGGUGUGUUGCCCCAAUCCGCACGGCGUCUGGUCUGAUUCAUAGCUACGUCGGACUGUUGUUGGUGGAAGUGUGUUUGGAGUGUGUGUUUGGUUGGUGUUGGUCUUACCCGUGAUGGAUUGAAGGAGGAGCAGAGAUUGAGGGGCACGUGCGCUGUCCGUGUUGCUACUCUUGUGUACUAUACUGGUGUUGCCUUCAAGGGUUCGUGUGCGUCUUGGUUGUGUUGUCCGGGUGUUUUUCUGACACACCGCAGUAACCUGCAAGAAUUUCGUUGCCUGGUCGACAUGCUUCAUGCUGUUCUGCUCUAGUACCGGCGAGGCAACGAUAUUAAUUUCACCGCGAAAAUGGACACAGCGCUGUGCCAUCAAGUGUCGGGUGUCGAGU